AUGGACAUAAUAGCCCUAAGUCUUGAUAACCUCUUCUCUUGUUAUGCUGAUGACAAAGAGGGGGAGAAAGACUUGGCUGCUGUUGAUUUCCCUACAACACAAGCUGACGUUGAUGCUCAAAGAGUUGAAGCUAAUGAAGCUGAGGUUGUUGAUGAUGCCAUCACUACCUAUGAAGCUGAAACAGAGAUUGUUGAUGAUACCGUCAAAGCUGAUGCUAAAUCUCAUGACGAAGACCUUCCUAUCACCCCUGUAGCUAAUGCUGGUGAUGAGGAAGAUGAAGGUGAAGAUGAUGAUGAUGACGAUGACUCUCCAUACCUUCCUGACGCUAGAAAAGAUCUCGGUGGUGAUGAUGAUGAAGACGACAUUGACGACGACUUCACGAUUCAGUACCACAACCCUGCCACUCCUGCAACUGAGGAAGUUGAUGUUGUCCGAGCUGAAGUUGAAGCUCGUGACAAUGACCUUCCCAUCACCUCUGCAGCUAAUGUUGGUAAUGAGGAAGAAGAAGAUGAUGAUGAGAAGGCGAAUCUCCCGACCUCCCUGACUCCAGCAGCGACCUGGAUGACGACAACGAUAAUGAUGACGAUGAAGACGACUUCACCAUCCAAGGCUGAACGUGAAAAGAACCUGAAGCUGGCCGAAUGCGACAAGCGCUGGAGCAAAGUCUCCCUUAACAAGAGGAUCAACCCUCACCCUAUUACAUGCGUCAGCAUCAGUGCACGAACAAAAGACAGCAGGUUUCUGAUCUCCAUGCUCAUCAACAUGGAUAAUCUCGAGGCAGUCACCGAGUACCCUUCCUACCUUGGUGAAUAUGGCUACAAUGAAUGGCUGGAGAUCUGA